CAGGGCUGGCACCGCCACACACGGAGCGGCGCCGAGGCUCAGCAGCAGAGCGGCGCGCGUGUAUGUGGACGGAGCAGGGGGCGCGCCGAGCUUCUGGACAAACGCAGUCCGCUCCUCUGGCAGGGGGCGGCGGAGGAUGCCGUGGGGCUGGCGGCUGCCCAGGCCGCGGGGGUUGGCUCCGUGAGGCUCCCGAGCCCAGCUGCGGAGUUUGCAGGCGGUCCGCGCUGCACCAGAGUCCGGGCGAGCAAUUGAGGUGUAGGAUGAAAUAGAGAGGGGAGAGCUGGUGAAAGCAGGACUGUGCUACAGGGAAAGCAUCCGUAUCUAGAACAUCAUGCGAAGAUCUGGAGUGUGGAUCCCAGUCAGUGGCACUGGCUGCGGGGGGCAGUCUCUCUAGCUGAGAGUAAUAGAGCUGGACAUGGACAGUAAUAUAGCUGAAUACCGCAUCAGUGACUGUUCAAGAGAUGAUGCCAAUGGACCAGAAUGUUGUCUCAUAAGAAGUCCACACGGGUGGGAAAUAGGCAUCUAUGUGACUGGCGCACUUGUUCUGCUGGGAAUAGCUGCAUUAAACCUGUGGAAACUAUGGAAGUCUGGGAAUUAUCCAACACCGUCUCCAUUUCCCAACUACAACUACCGAUACCUGGAACAAAAGUACGGGACUACGUAUUCGGACAUCAAACUCAAGAGAGGUGGAGCCUCAAACUUCCGUAAGGCAGCAGAAAGGAUGUCCCCUGUCCGCAAGCCCAGCCUGAAGAUGGAUGACACCUUUGAGAACAUCAAUGAGCUGGGUACCUUAGAGUUGAUGAGCAAAGACCUAGAUCUGGGUCCAUUCGGGCCACUGAAGAAAUCCGUGUCCACUGAUUCCCUCAGCUCCAUCUCCUCCAUUGGGAAUAACUUUGGCCAAGACUUCACUGUGGGCCAGGUGGAAGUCAACAUGGAAUACAAUGUGUUCUCCAACACCCUGCACGUCACGCUGCUGCAAGGGAAGGACCUCCUGGAGAAGGAGGACGUCAACUUUGAGUCGUGCUUUGUGCGCAUCAGCUUGCUCCCAGAUGAACAAAUCAUUGGCAUUUCCAGGAUUCAAAGGAGUGCCUUUUCUGUCUUCUUUGAUGAGAAGUUUUCCAUCCCCUUGGACCCGUCUGCGCUGGAGGAAAACAGCUUGAGAUUUUCUGUCUUUGGCAUUGAUGAGGAUGAGAGGAACAUCAGCACCGGGGUAGCAGAGCUGAAGCUGUUGGACUUGGAUCUGGCCAGCCGCCCAUUCAAUGCUUGGCUCUAUCUGCAGGACAUGAACAAGGCAGUUGACUCGGUGGGAGAGAUCCUGCUGUCUCUUAGUUACCUACCCACAGCGGAGAGGCUGACGGUCGUUGUGGUUAAAGCCAAAAACCUCGUGUGGACCAACAGCAAAAUGACAGCAGAUCCUUUCGUCAAAGUGUACUUGCUUCAGGACGGGAGGAAGAUCAGCAAGAAGAAGACAGCUGCGAAGAGAGGUGACACAAAUCCGGUGUUUAAUGAGGCCAUGAUUUUCUCAGUGCCCGCAAUCGUCCUACAGGAUCUGUCUCUCCGGGUGACGGUGGCAGAGUGUUGCGAAGAUGGGAGAGCGGAAAACAUUGGCCAUGUCAUCAUUGGCCCGUCGGCCAGCGGCAUGGGCAUCACGCACUGGAACCAGAUGUUGGCCACCUUAAGGAAGCCGGUGUCCAUGUGGCACCCAGUUCUACGAAAUUAAGGGCAAAGUUACACUCUGCGAGUAUCUUGCAUGGUGCCUAGACUUCCCAUAAGCAAAUAUGCUUGGCAAAUGGACAGUGGUACGUGGGACAUAAACUAUUUUUCCAAAUGUUCUUCACAAGUUCCAUUUAGUAAGAAGGAGCAGCAGAGGAAGUCACUGAAUCAGAUCCUUGAGAAAGCUUCAGUGGACUAAAACCUGAGAGAAGAAGCAACUCAAGUGUGAUUAUGCACAGAAGUAGCUUCCGGGCAAACACUUCCUCCCUAGCACUUCCUUUCCAGUGACACCCGCUUGGGAGUCCCAUUAUCCCUAAUUGUCUGUGAUUUUAUUUUCCAGUGAACGUUACACAAUAGAGCAUGGUCUGUUCACUGACUUAAGAGGUUUCAGAGUAGCAGCCGUGUUAGUCCGUAUCCGCAAAAAGAAGAACAGGAGUACUUGUGGCACCUUAGAGACUAACAAAUUUAUUAGAGCAUAAGCUUUCG